AUGUCGAGAGCUUCUAAAAUAACGCUCGGUGUGACAUCGCUGCUCUGCGCGGCCACAACCAUCGGUGUGUACCUAUUCGCAGAAGAAGAGAAUGAUAACUUGAAAUACGGGCCUGUGAAGGACGCGGAGCGUAUGCAGAGGCGUCGCGAAAAAGAGCUAAAUGCCAAGCAGCAAGCCAACGCUCGGGACUUCGAGGCACAGAAACUGCUCAGACAACAGCUCGAAGCUAGCCAGCCGCUUUCUGGCGAGAUCGUCGAAGGGGUUGACUCGAAGUAA